AAUGAAGGAGGACGAAGAAAGCUUCCUUCAUUUCUUCACUUGAAAGCAUGGCGUAAUUGUGGAGCUGUGAGAUCUGAGCAGUUCCUAAUACCUCACCUAGCAACGAAGAAGAGGUUAGGCUGCUGGGGAGAUCAUGGAGAAGAUGAAUCAUGCGUUUGAGAAGAUGAAGAUGAUGGUGGGUAUGGAGGUUGAAGAGGAGGAGCAACGAGCUGCGGAGGAGGAGGAAAGCUCGCUCUCUUUCAUGGAUGAUCUUAAUCGCGAUUGCGCUUUAACCACCAAACAGAGAUUCUAUGGCUUUGCUAUUUGCUUGUCAGCAGGAUUGACCUGUACACUUUUGUCAAUGCUUGUUUUCUUCAAUCCAGUCAAGUUUGGCAUCACAUUCACUCUUGGAAAUUUGAUGGCACUUGGGAGCACAGCAUUCCUUAUAGGCCCACAGAGGCAGGUCACGAUGAUGCUUGACCCAGCUCGUAUCUACGCUACUGCUUUGUAUCUAGCCAGCAUUAUCAUUGCCUUGUUUUGCGCUCUCUAUGUUCGUAACAAGCUGCUGACUCUGCUGGCUAUCAUUCUUGAGUUCUCUGGUCUUAUUUGGUAUAGCUUGAGCUACAUCCCUUUUGCAAGAACCAUGGUCUCAAAGGUCUUCAUGACUUGUUUCGACACCGAGUUUUAAGCAGCGCUCUAUUCAAAGAUUCCAAAACCACUGUGCUCUGUUUGAGUGACUGGUCUAUAUUCAAAGCCGGACUUGUUUGAUGCCCGAAGACCGCUAAUAGUCCAUGCCCUGUGGCUUGCCUUUGGAGCACGCUUUAGUUUCUGUUUGCUUCUUAACAUGAAGCUCCCGUCUUCACAAAUCCUUUGGCACAAUUUUGUAUACUAACCACCAAGAUAUUAAUAUUUUAGACGUUUUGAUUCCUA